CCAUGCUUUAGUUUAUUUUCUGACAUUUUUUGCACGUUUACAUUUGCGUUCGUCGUAUUUUUGAGAUUUAAUAUAUAUAGAAAAUAGUGGAAUGUAUUAAAGCCCAGCAGUCCUGCGCACUUUGGUUCAUCACUGAUGCUCACAUCGAUACGGAAUGUCAACAGCCCCUCGGCUAUAACUGUGAAAUCGCCUCGUCUCCUUGGCUGUGCCACUAGUCGUGUUAGGGGAGGUGAAAUGACAAAAGCAAAGGUUUCACCAUUAUUUAGCAAUCAAAGUGUAAUUGGGCCACGAUUUCGUGAACUGGACUGUGUGGGUGGGCCGCGGGUUUACACGCUCGUCCUCGCCUCUGACAGAUGGUGAGUGCUGAGACUUCCUCCUCGUGUCCUUCAGCCCGAUCAGCCGGAGCACGUGGACAGGCAGAGCUCCGUGAUGAUCAACAUGCGUUUGAAUUUCACCCAAAGACCAGCAGAGGACCGUGCUCCUCAGUGGAGCCCCUGACCUGUAAACGGAGACGAGAAGAAGAGCGCGGAGUGACCCGACCUCGGAGUUUAUGAAUGACUUUAAUGACCAUGGAAGGUGUGGACGGGUGUAGCUUGUGGUUUCGAGGAAGUGGGGUGUGGCUAGUCGGCUUCAGAGCUAGUUCGCCUACUGGCAGAGCACUUUCGUAGGUGUUCAGUCGCUCCUUUAAAGCAGCUCUUGUUGCUCCACACUCGGACAUCCAGGUGAGCUGAAACUCCUCGAAGCAACAGGCUCCCCCGCCCAGCAGCGAGGCAAUGGUAACUAUGGUAUGACGGCAGACGUUCAGGAUGGCUACAGAAGACCGAGUGGUGGAUUCCUCACUAGCUGUGGACGCGCUGGAAGCGGACCGUCCUGCGGUCGAACAGAGACCGAGCGAAUGCGUCCCACUGCCUCAUCAGGUGGCUGGACACAAAUACGGCAUCAGUAAAGUGGGUAUCCUGCAGCACCCUGAUGGCACAGUGCUGAAACAACUGCAACCUCCUCCCAGAGGCCCCUGUGAGAUGCACUUCUACACACAGGUGUAUGCUCAAGACUGCGCAGACCCACAGCUUCUGGCCCUACAGCAACAUCUGCCCAGGUACUAUGGAACAUGGGCAUCAUCAGAAUCACCAAACGAGGUGUAUCUGAAGCUGGAGGAUGUGACGCGGAGGUUCACACGUCCUUGUAUCAUGGAUGUGAAGAUUGGAAGGAAGAGCUAUGACCCAUUUGCCUCGCGAGAGAAACGUGAAGAGCAGAUUAGAAAGUAUCCUCCAAUGGAGGAGGUCGGAUUCCUGCUUCUGGGAAUGAGGGUGUUCCAGGUAAAUUCAGAGAGUUAUAUCAGUCGUGACCAGUUUUAUGGUCGCAGUCUGAGGAAAGAGACGCUCAAAACUGGCUUGUCUCAAUUCUUUCAAAAUGGAGUGGAACUCAGAAAAGAUGCUGUUUCUCUCAGCAUCUGUAAAGUCCGUGACAUCCUGCGCUGGUUCGAGGGUCAGAAGCAGCUACACUUCUAUGCCAGCUCUCUGCUGUUUGUGUACGAGGGCUCACCUCACUUAGCUAACAGAAUCAAGUGGAGAGAAGAUGCCCAGACAGGACAGGAAAAUGAGCAAGGUGAGCCAGAGUGCAAUAAUAACAUUCACCUUGCCAACUGCAAGCUUUGGGGUCACCGCUGCAGUUUAGCCUCUCAGAGGAGUGCCUGUAGCUGGCUAAACUGCAGUGACCUUCCCCAGGACAUUCACCAUGUAAGGCAUAAGAAUGGGAUUUGGCCUCACUCUCUACAUUACCACCUGGAGCAGGCUAAUGGCAAUGGAGUGAAUAGUGAGGAAGACAUAAGAGUGGAUGACGACAAGAGCACAGGGUUGGGGAAAGCGAGGUUGAGAGAUGGAAUUGGAGAGAAGGAAGAAGAUGUGGAUGUGAGGAUGAUUGACUUUGCCCAUGUCUUUCCCGGUGAUAGUCCAGAUGAGGAUUACAUGUAUGGCUUGAGGAACCUUCUCUCUGUUCUGGAGCAGAUCCUCAAAAACUGACUUCGAUCACCUCUAAAUGAAUCCAAAUUCCUCUCUGUUAGUGUUCCUAACGUUGAUGUUUCUUCUUGGAAUAAGAUUUUGGAAUAAUGAGAUGCAGCUGGUCACCUGUGCCUAACUGAUACACUAAGUUGCCAUUUUUUCAGAAACACCUACUGUGUAGCUGCACUUUUUUUGUAGUCAAUUACUGAUUGUAGUACAUCUCUUGCUGCACCAUUUAUCACCAUUAAACCACCCUGUCCAUCAGUGAAAAUGGACCACCAUAGGACCACAACUGACCAGAUUGUUUGGAUGGUGGAACAACAUCAGGUAGCUGUGAUGUUUGUUAAUGUGGCAUGACUGCAAUAGGUGCAUCAGUGUUGCUGCUGAGUUGAGAAUAGUCUGCCUUCCAGAAAUAUCCAGGUUCUGUGGUCAGAAACUGAGCACUGAUGAAAAGGAUAACUAACCUAAAUUGUGCAGCGAAAAAGAUUAACUACAGCUAUGAACUAUGUAUACAAAUAUCUAUAAAAUGCACCUACAUGGUAGGUGUUUCUGAUAAAAUAGCCAAUAAGCGUAGGUACUUCCUAGGUACCUAAUAAACUGGUAACUCGGUGUGCACUUGCUGCUUGAGGUCAACAAUAAUUUGAAUAAUCAUUAGUUGACUGCCUAAUGCAUCUUAACUUGUUCUAGAUUCAAGUUAGUGUGGAAUCAUCUCAAAGCCUGUGGGCAUUUUACUGAAAUGCCUGUUACACCUAUCCUACAGCCUCUAACACCACUGAAUCUCUUAGGCUAUGUUUACACAGCAGGUAAAAGUGGCCCAAAUCUGAUAUUUUUACUCAUAUGUGGUUUUACAGAUGUGUCAUUUGUGUGUCAGUGUGAACAGCAAGAAAACGCAUUCAAUCUGACAUUUUCAAUUCCGAUUUGAGACGCUUUCAUAUGUGGAACUGAAAUCCGAUCCGUAUCCGAUCUGUGGCGAUGCGACUCCGUCUGAACAGCCGGAUCGGAAUUCAUGCGAAUUUACGUCAGUCCAACUCUACAGUCAUCAUCAUUUUGCGCUGCUGAGACUCAUAAACAUUUAGGCUGAUGUUUCUGUUCAGAAAUUAGAGGAGACUCAUCGCAGCCGCUCCGUGCUUGAAGAGGUUUCGAACGAAACGGCCGAGCGCGGCCGGAGGAGCCCAAAUCUGCAGUGCCAGAGAACAGUCUAGACAAUCCGAGGACCCUAACCAAAGAAGUGGACCUAUCCGAAUUACGGAGAACUCGAACACACUGUGGGUGAUGAGUCCAGCUGCCAACCACUAGAACUUCAUAACCGCUCCUGCGAUGCUGGUGAAGACGAAACCGGGGGCGACUAGUGUUCUCUAGUCAUCGUGACUGUUUACCUCUGGACGAGCCACCUGAAGCUCUGUUCUUUUGCACACGCGGGUCGGUUUGGCAGCUGAUCUGUUCAGACUGAUGUCGCAUACAGAUGACAUUUAAAAGAUAAAUAAAUAAAUCGGAUUUGGUGAGAAAAUCAGAUUUGGGCCACUUUUACCUGCUGUGUAAACGUAGCCUAAGACAGAACAUUGUGGACAUGUGGUCAGGCUUUAACAGUUGUAACGUGGGAGUGCAUUAAAACGGUGCUUUACCGUGUUUCGGUUCAAACCUCUACAGUGGAUCAACCUGUUGAUAGCUGCUCUGUGCUUUGCAGUGUUCAUGUGUUCUGCCUCUUGACAUUUCAAUAUAUCUUUGACCUGCGAAUUUUACUGUGAUGCUUUAAAAUAUCUGAAUAUUCCUGAUGUAGAUGUUUUUCAGUUCUUGUUCAUUGAUAAGUUUCAAAUAUGUGUUUUAUGUACAGCAAUGUAUGAAAUAACUCCUAAAGAUCUUCUCAUCUUUAAGAAAUUGAUCCUCACACCCAUGUGUAAGUGUCAGGCUUUUGCUGGUGUUCUUUGAGUAGGGUAAGCAAGUGAUCCCCUUUGGUUUUUUGUAAUAAUAUUGUAAUCAGGAAGCGGUUAACCACAAAAUGAGUCCUUUGUGAACUCGAAAACACUUAUUAGAAAUUUUGAUAUAUGAGGUAGCCUUUUAAUCAUCUUCGAAAAUUACCAGAGUGUUUUGAGAGGCAUAAUCUUCAGUAAUGAUUCACAGUUACAGAUCUAGAACACAUGGACAGUGAGCUUCAGUGGAGCUUUAGGCUGAAACACUGAAGUCUUAUGCUGAAGCUGUAUCUGCAAAUACUGGCAGUAUGCGUUCCAUACACAUCCCUUAUAUCAGCAAAUUCUCUGAUACAGAUGUGAUUCUUAAAUUUAUUUUGAAUGCAAAUACCUAUUUGAUGCUCUCCCUGCCAGAAUGAUACAUUCCAAAUAAUCUCUGAGAGAAAAAAAAAAGAUAUUCAAUUGUAUUAUGACUUUGUUGGUGCAUUUUGGAUUUUUAUAUUAAUUAUACAUUUUAUUUAAAUUUUUGCUAAUGUUGCUGCUUUGUAAACAGAGAAAAUGUUAACUUUAAUAAUUCAGGUUUUAUAAUAUCAAUGAUGUUUUAAAAGUAGUGCUUUAACAGUUGAUUAAUUUUUUUAUUAGUUGUUUAGGGGGGGGGGGGGGUGCAUCUGCUCUGUGUGGUGCUUUGAAAUGUUAUCUUAUGGCAGGCCAGUUGAUUAGAGUUUAAACACAUGUCUUAAAAAUGCUGCAGCAGAGUUUUUUAACUAGAGAUGAUAUGAAUGUGUAGCAUAAUGUUCGUACAACUGGAGGAGAAACUGUAGUCUUUGCCUACAAUUGGCCCUUUUCUCUAAAGAACAAAAUAUAUUUGAAUAAAAUGACACGAGAAAAGUGGGUCUGCUUUGAGUAAUGUACGGUAGCCUACUUCUGAAAAUCAUUUUCCCCAAGAUGUGAUUUCAAGGGACAUUAGUUCCCUUUAAUAUGCAGCAGAAUACAUUGAAUUGGCACAAUAGCAAUAAAAUAAUAACAGGCAUGUACAUAGAUCUUGUUCUUCUGGCAGACUUUUUCAUUCUUAUCUGGACUUUCAGAUAUGGAUGUUUAAAUCCACAGUGUUCUUUGUUGAUAAAACUCAAUUAAUUUUUUUUUCUUAAUUGAUCCAAAGCACAUUGUUUUGACUGUUCUUCGUAACAUUUGCACAAAAUGUGAUCUAACAGCAGCUUUUUUUUGUACUUAAAGAUCUCCAAACUGUAGCUGACCUGAAUUUUAAUUAGAGAAAAGAACUUGCUUUAUGAGGCAGCAGUGAAAACCUCAGUGCAUAUGCAGAGAUGCAUUCAUGCACUGAUGUUUUAUGUCUAAUCCAUUCAGAGCUUUCUGUUAUAUCCAGUAGUGAAUAUAAAAUACAUGUAGUGCUUUUCUAUGUUUGAGAGAUGGUUCCCUAUUUUAACUGCUUUAAGAGUUUAGUGAGAGCAACCUUGAACAUAAGGACAUUUAACUUUAAUCAUAUACACAUCUCAAUAUUGGCGCCUCAGCCAAUCGCAGUGUGUCCUUCCUUUGCACGCUGCCGUGUUGGACCCCUGUUCUGCUGUUUACACAAGUCUUACUGGUGUUCCACUUAAAGCUCAUCCUCACAGAAGAGACAGCAGACUGCUGUACUCUCUGCUGUGCAGUACUCCGUUCUGAGCGUACUUGCUGUUAGUCUGUUUCAUCAGUCCUCUGUAUUUGUGAGUUCGUUUCUUCUUGCUUUUGCACUGUUGGUUAAAAACUGACAUUCCCAAAUGUUUUCAUACCUGGAUGACGUGUUGGUCUAGUGUUAAUUUUGAGACCCACCAAAUAUUUUGUGGAGUGAAAUAAGACUAAAACUAAAAAAUAAAGCUUUGUCCACUUUUGCUCAGUAUACUGAUAUUGAUGAGGAAUGUGCUGUAGAUGGUCCUAUACAGAACCUUUUUGAGUACUGGUGCUAGAACCCAAAAAGGUUCUUCUAUUGUUAUAAUGUCAAGCUUGUAACAAUAGGAGAACCCUAUUACAGAACUCUUUUUAACAAAGUUCUAUAUAGAACCAUCUAUCAAUAAAUACAAUGACAUUAACAGUAAAAGACAUUGUAGUGUAGUAGCUCAGUCCACCUCAAAUCUGAACAUCUGUCUGAUGGCAAUAUAUACAGUCAAAUGCAAAAGUCGGAACUUCAUUUGCUUCAUUUGCUCUUGUGGAAAGCUAAAAACAAUAACUCAGUUGUCCCCACACUGCAACCCACAGUUUGAAAACCACUGCUCUAAAACCUAAAAUACCUCACCCACGUAUCAUGUGCAAAUGUACAGUGCGGUAAAAGAGCUUAGAGGUCCUACCUACCUACUGUUGUUGGUUUUUUUUUUUUUUUUUUUUUUAAAUACAUUUGCUUUCAACCCCUGCACAUUUCAGGCCCUUAAGUAGAACUGGACUUCAUUAGCAUGGAUUAGGGAUUCCUCUUAAGUCUCCCUUUCUAUGGUUCCUCAAGUCAAAGAGGAAUGCUAAGACAAAAGCAUGAAUAAUUGAUCUAAAAUGUUGGAAGCGCUGCUUGUUAAACCGAAGUUGUUGAGUCAUUCUCAUGAACUUGCAGUUUUGCUUGUGCUUUUCUGAGUGCUCUGUGAAUGUCCUAAAAUAGUGUUUUAGGCAGUGCUUUAUGUGGUAAGUAUAGGAUUUGAAUUUACUUUAUGGUUUCACAUAUAAAGUACUUUAAUGUGGGAUACAGCUGGAAUAAUUUUGGGGUGGAUAUUUUUGUCUUUAAAUACAUGGAAUGGCAUACACAUGUAAACCUUAAGAAUGUCCCUCCUCACUUGAACUUUCAUUGUGGUACAACUUCUGAUUUAUGUGUCAAUAUUGCAGAAAUAUUUAUGCAUAUGAAACGUAAUGUGUUGUGUAUAUUUGGAAAUGUUUUCAAUAAAACUUUUUUAUUCAGAA